AAUACGUCAAGUUAUUAUGAAGUUUGGUAGAAGAAAAAAAUGUGCCAAACCGCGUGAGUGAACGUGAUCACUUUUUAUUUUAUUUUUACAAUUGACAUAGAUACUCUGGGUUUAUCUGAGUGGAUGUAUCUCGUCAAGGACUAGAAUUAAGUCUGAGGCCGGUAACAUCAACAGUAAUGACAAACCCAGCCUGCCUCUCUCCUUCCACACUGAGUCCAAACCUACAGUCACUGGGUCCUGAUUGUGACAGUGGAGCCCAGUUUGCACUGCAGGAUCCAGAGAUGGCAUCAGUGAAGCUGGAAGACUGCAGUCAAACACUGGAGCUGAAUGUCAACAUUAAAGAUGAAGAAGAGGAGGAGAAGAUUGGAACAUGUGUUUCUCAUGGAGACCAUGUUGAGACAUUCUCUACAUCCAGAGAGCAACAGCAGGAAGAUCACAGACCUAAGAGGUCUCACCACUGCCCACAUUGUAAAGAGAUUUUCCCAAUUCUUUCAAAGCUAAAAAUACAUCUAAAAAUUCACACAGUUGAGAAUCUGUAUUCCUGUACUGACUGUGGGAAGAAUUUCGUAACAUUAAAGGCUCUGACAGGUCAUCAGAGAGUGCACACAGGAGAGAAGCCUUACUCCUGCUCUGACUGUGGGGCGGGUUUCUCUCAACUGGGCACCUUAAAACAACAUGAACGUAUACAUACAGGAGAGAAGCCUUACUCCUGCUCUGACUGUGGGAAUAGUUUCUGUCGACUGGGUCACUUAAAAGAACAUGAACGUAUACAUACAGGAGUGAAGCAUUACUCCUGCUCUGACUGUGGAAAGAGUUUCUCUCGACUGGGCACCUUAAAAACACACGAACGUAUACAUACAGGAGAGAAGCCUUACUCCUGCUCUGACUGUGUAAAAUGCUUCACAACAGCAUCUCACCUAAAAGUUCAUCAGCGAACACACACAGGAGAGAGGCCUUACUCCUGCUCUGACUGUGUAAAAUGCUUCACAACAGCAUCUCAGCUAAAAAGUCAUCAGAGAACACACACAGGAGAGAAGCCUUAUUUCUGCUCUGACUGUGAGGCGAGUUUCUCUCGACUGGGCCACUUAAAAACACAUGAACGUAUACACACAGGAGAGAAGCCUUAUUUCUGCUCUGACUGUGGGGCGAGUUUCUCUCAACUGGGCCACUUAAAACAACAUGAAUGUGUCCAUACAGGAGUGAAGCCUUACUCCUGCGCUGACUGUGGAAAGAGUUUCUCUCAACUGGGCACCUUAAAAACACAUGAGCGUAUACAUACAGGAGAGAAGCCUUACUCCUGCUCUGACUGUGGAAAGGGUUUUUCUCGACUGGACUACCUGAAAACUCAUGAACAUAUACAUACAUGAACAUAUACAUAGGUAGCCUAGUGGUUAGCGCAUUGGGCCAUUAAUUGAAAGGUUGCUGGAUCGAAUCUUUGAGCUGUCAAGGUAACAAUCUGUCAUUCUGCCCCAGUACAAGGCAGUUAUUCCCACUGUUCACGGGCGCCGAAAGGCGUGGAUGU